UCUGUUAACGUGAAUCAUUCAGGUUGGACGCGAUCACGUUCUCUACUCUUGUGCAGUGAAAAUGUAAACAUUUAUCGAGUAACCAUGUGACACUCUGCACUACAUAUCCAGUUUCAGUGCUCAAAGUGCUUUUCUGUAGCAGUAAUAUGAGGAAAAGAGGUGAAUAUUUCUUGUGCACAAGAUCUUUUCAAAACCUGAAACAAAAAAUAGUGAGUGCUAAGCUACGGGGUCAUUAGGUCGGUAAAUACGAUAUUUACGUUACAGUGUACAAGGUGUAGCACAUCGUAUUUAUAAAACGUAUCGGAAUUUGGAUAGAAGGGGAGAAUAAAGUUCAAUGGCCAUUGCAGGUGAGGUUCAAGAUCCCUCGGCCGAGAGGGAACAGCAGGCACCCACUUCCGCUCCUACUUCCUCUAGUACGAAACUCCGUAGUACAGUGUCAAUAACGAUCUACGGAGCUAUUUUAUACUUUUUCCCAAUAGCUUUUGAAUUCCAGUUAUAACCAUUGCGAAUAGAAGAAAUAUCUUGUUUAAAUGGAACAUACCAAAUUGUGUGAUUUCGGCCGGUAUAAAGAAAAUGAAAUGUUUGACGAAUAAGAGGAGCGCAAGGAUCGGGACGCAGUGACCGUUGCGGCAGGUGUGGAUCCUCGUCCGAGACGUUACACUUGGCAGACGCUGUCCGACCGUCAACAAAACAAUACUUUGAAAUAUCCUCUAGGGUCAGGAUGUGACUCACAGGGGCCUCUGUCAUUUCGCUCAUCGUACUUCUGACACCGAGUUCCAACAAGGCAAGAUGAGGAUGCCUCCAGUCCUCUUGGCUCUCCAAGAGAGUGUGAAUGUAGCAGAAGCUGACCAAGGUAAUGAAAUGGCAGCAGAAACAACAAAUAUCAGCCAGCAACCUCUCAAUCCAGAGCCUGAGGGACUUCCUCCCAUUAUCCUGGGCAAGCAAGGAGAUCAAGCAGUGUCAGCCAAUGGAAGUGUGGACAUCAGUAUAGAAGCAAGAAUUCUGGAUUCCAACACUGAAGCCUUUGUACCAGUGACGGAAGAUAGUACAGGUACAGAUUUUGACAGUGAGAUCAUUUCCACAUUACCGACUGCUUUAGCAGAAACCACAAGACAAACUGCAUAUAAUGAAGUUUAUUCUCUAUCCAAUUUAAAUAAUGAAAUGAUGAGGGAAAGUUCUGGGAAUUUCAGUGAAGUAGAAUCACAGGAAUUUCAAAGUACAGAGUAUGCAGAGCUUGAAACCAGUACACCACCUAUCAGCAUAGAUUUCACGAAGGCUACCUUGUCAGACACUGAAAUAGCAACCGAUGAUUUCGAUGAUGAUUCAGAAAGGCUAACUACUGUAACUGCAGUUGAAUUUGAAACUGUAACUGAUAGAACUUAUCUUGUCCUUGAGGAUACAGAGAUUUAUGAAAGUAAUACUGUAACUGAUUCAGGUGAUGGUGAUCAUACCAGUAAUACCAGUACUGAUAUGUUCACUGUAACUGACGCCUCAGUACCAUCUACUACCAUAUUAUUGGACAUUCCAAAGACAGAAGUUCCCAGGAAUGAGUGGAUGGUGGAUGAUGUAGUAAGUAAGGAUAUUCUUCUUGAAGCUUCCCCAACUGCAGGCGUAGGGGAGGUAACUGAUGUUCCCCUGAUUGACCCUUCAAAACUUGACUUUAAAAUUGUAACAACAAGAAAGGGGCUGCAAGUAGAUGCCCAUGAUACUACAUUUGACCCUAGUCAAAUUGCCAAAGCAACAAGCUAUGAAGGUUCUUCAUACUCCACAGCAACUAGAAGUGCAACAGUAACCACUUGGGUGGAUCCUGAUGGCAGGAAUGUUCUCACCCAGAGGCAGUCUAAUUCAACAAAUAGCAAGACUUCAGAUGAAAUAACACAUUUGAAAAAUUCAGAAGAGGCAAAUGAAGAUCCUAUAAUACCUAGUCAUGCCCUUUCAGAGAUAGCAGGAGACAACUCGCCACUGAAAGAUUUAGAUGAAACCCUUAUGAUGCAGGAUCAACCUGAAGUUACAAAUGUUCAUGAAGAUGGUAACAAAAUAACUGCAGACAAGGACAUUUAUGUUCCAAGACAUGAGAUGUCUGAUAUUGAUGAUAAGUACAUAAAUUUGAAAAAUGAAAAUAUUAGUAACUUUAGAGAAAUAUCCAAUCAAAAUGACUCAAGUGUGCCUAAAAGUGAAGUUACAGGAGCAGACUCUCCAAAUAAUACAUCAGAUAGCAUACCUAAAGAAGCUCAUGGGUAUCAUAAUCUUACUUUCAGACUGGAGGGUCAUCCAAUACAAGACAAGUCAAAUUAUUCAAAUGAUGACAAUAUUAAGAAUACAACAGAUUUAUUAUAUGAAUUGCCCGGACCAAGUGUACAGAGUAAUACUGAAGUUUACUUUAGUACUUCAGUAGUUAUUGCUCUUUCAGUAUGUUGCAGCGUCGUUUUGCUUGCAGGUCUUGUAACAUUUACAUUAUGGUUAUGUCGUAGACAUAGGAGUAGAAGUAAAAUAUAUCUAAGUCAUGAAGCUGUAAAACCAAGAGCAUUCUUCACAAAGCCAAUGAAUCCUGCACUGCUCCCAGAUGAAAGCAUUAGAGACCCACAGUAUGUUUUGGAGUUCCAGAGACCAAGGGCACCUGUAAUGUUGGGUAAUGACCAAAAAAAUAUAAUUUUCAAGUCAGAAAAAUCAGAGGAUCUUGGCUUAGGUUUAGAAAAUGAUGGUUUCACUGAUAUACCUCUUGAAGAUCUCAAGAUUGAAGGCUAUAAAAAAAAGAAGAGACACUCACAAGAUCCACCAAAAUACAGUUCCAAAGCUAAAAUGGAAAGUGACACGGACUCUGGAAUAAGAGUUUGGUCAUCAACAGGAUCCUUGUAUACUGCCUCACCACAGUUAACACAUUGUUCAGUACCACCACCACCUUACUCUCCAUCAAUUGGGGAGGAACCUGUGUGUUUGUCAGUUCAUUCACUUCCUUCUCUUUCUAAAAAGUUAGGGUUAAUUGAUUUGUAAUGGUCAUUGUUUGUGUGUUCAUAUAAGUCAUUUAAGAUGUGAUAUAGUGUAAAGGUAUAUACAAUAUAUAUAUAUGUUCCAUUGACUUGCCAUCUUGGAAGAUUCCAAGACAGUAGGACCAUACAAAACUUUUCAAAUGUUAGUUUAAAAAGUUGUCUCUCUAAUCUCAAAUUGUGAUAUUCAAAAUUACAAAGAAAUUCUGGAAGGAUCAAAUCCCUGUAAUGAAUUUAUUCUAAUUUGGCCCAGGUACAGUGCGAGUAGUUAGCCAUAAAAUCUUUAAAAAGUAAAGACUGUUAUUAACAUUGUAUGUUAUAACUUUAUUUAAAACAGUUUUGCUAAAUAGAUGUUCCUAAUUUAUAUACGUGGGUGUGCUUAUAAAAAGCCAAUUGCAGUGCUCUAAGUUUCUUUUGGAAAUUUGUUAAAAGGUGAAUAUUUGCGUUUUUUUUUUUCAUUUUCAUUCACCAGUAGAGUUUGCUUUUUGGGAAAAUAACUUCUGAUGGUUACAUCUUAUUUUUCUUGUGUAUCCUUUUUUAAGUGUAGAUGUAUCAAGUUUUGGUUCAGUGUAAAAGUCUUAUGAGUAACAAGCAGUAUGAGUCUGCCAAAUCUUUAUAAAAGUUAUGUAGAGUAAACAUGCUUAAAAAAAACACAACAACAACAAACAGUUAUUGGUUUCAUUGGUAUCCAUAUAUAUAUAUAUAUAUAUAUAUAUAUAUAUAUAUAUAUAUAUAUAUAUAUAUAUACAUAUACAUAUAUAUAUAUAUGUAAACAAACACACAUGAAGAAUAUGAAGAAGACAUUGUGUGCAACAAGCCUCCACAGAUGUGAUCACACAGUUUGUAGGGUCAUUGCUUAAUUACAGUGUUUUCUGAGUCAAGUUUACAAGUUUGUUUACUCAGUUACCUUUGACUUAGGCUGUUCAAUACACAAGAUUUUGUUGUUAUUCUAUAAUGGUACAACUACUCAGCAUUAAACAAAUAUUCAUGUUAGUACACCUGGAACCUAUGAAAAGGUUUUCAAACUGGAGCUCAUAUGAUAGUGGCAAAAUACUGGCAAAUACUCCUUUUGUUAUCUUUGAAUAAUGCUGUUUUCUGAAGAGCUACCAUAAGUAGUAUGAAAGUGCAAUUCAUUAUUUAAUUUCUUAUAUAUUUAUCUCUUAUUUAUUUAUUUACUUUUUUUAUUAGAGAAAAAUAUCAGUGUCGUUACAGGAUAUCACUGUCUCUGGAAUUUCCCCUUACCUAUAUGGUUACUAUUGGGUCUAAUGCUCAUGAUGAACCAUUACUAUGAUACAAGCAAGCAAGAGAAGUACUUAAUAUCAUAUGGUAUGAAUUUGUGGUUUUCCAUGUACAGAUAGUAAUAUUGAUGAAGUGCCACAGUAAUUUUUUAUGCUGUACAUUGCUACUUUUGGGUUUCAUUGUCAUCUGCAAACCAAAGACUAAGCUCUUUUUUAUUUUUUAUUUUAUUAUUUUUCUUCUCCAUCUGUUGGGUUAGUCCUUUCAGAAUAUCAAAGAAAUACCUCAGCGUGUACAUUUUGUAAAUAUUUAUACUUCUAAUGGGAGUUACAGUUUAGCUUUUUAGAUAGGUACAGUUUCCAUCCAUUGUUACCAAAGCCAUGUUACAUUUCUUCCCCAAUAUCUUUUGUCAUUUUUACUGUUAAUAUUAUACAAAUUAUGAAAAUAAAAAGUUAUUAUACUGCAUUCUAAUGUUUAGAAUGCAUUGAUUCUUGGGUAUACUUUUGAUGUAAAGUGUCCUGUUGUGUUUGUGAUAUAUCUAAAAUGUAUGCCGUAUCAACUGCCAAGGUACUUUGUAUUGUGAUAUAUCAGUAACAUUUAUAAACAUACACAACAAUAACGUUUUUACUUUAUUAAUGUAAAAUAAAUUCAUGUUUGGUUAAGAGUUUGUAUUGUCACUUGCCAGUAUAAAGAAUUUACAGUAGACAUAAGCUUGAAGUACCUGGUAUUAUUAAUGCAGCAUCAGAUAAUAUUUUUAGGUUUCUGUAAUCUUCAGAUGUAGCUGGAGUCUAAUAAUUACAAAGAAAAAGGAAA